AUGGAUCCUGUUGGUCCCUUAAAUCAGCUUAAAACGUCAAUUCCUCAAAAAAUUAAUGACCUUACUAGGCAAAUUGAAGAGCUUAAAAAUCAACAAAAGAAUGAUGUUAAUAAAAGUAAAAAUGCCUCUGAAAUUGACAAGCUUAAUAAGGAUCUGCAGUCUCAUAAUGCUUCCUUGGGGUCUCUUGAUACACUGAAAGCGCUUUGUGGAUAUGCUAAUAAAGUUAAUUCAUCACCAAGUGGAGAAUGUGAAAAGCUUUUAACAAAUUUGUGUUCAGGUCUCCAAACAUUUUUGGGGUACAAUGAAAAAUCCAAAGGCUACGACGGCUCCGGCAUCGUGUACUCAGACCUUGACAGGCUCUGCGACGGGGUGAUGUCUUUCCUUCAUGGAGUUCUUGAGAGUGUGAAGGAUGAUGAGAGCGUUACAACUUAUGAUAAUAAUAAUGAUAUUAACAAUGUUCUUCGUGAUUUACAUGAUAAUGUAGGCAAAGGCCGUAAGGCCUUCGGGAACGCCGUGGAUCAGGUAAGUGAGUGGUUGAAAAAUCAUGGUGCGCAGGUGGACCAUAAAACUACGGAUGUCUUCAUGGAAUUUAGUAAGUUUGGUCACACUAGCAUCGUAGAGAAAAUUAAUUACAUUGCAGGUGCUCAAGGCAUGAAGCUCCAAGACCAGUUGACCUCCUGGAGGUCAACGCUCACUGGACUAGCAGCACAAUUAGAUUCACUCAUAACUAAUAACGUUAAUGUCUUAGAUCCUGUGUUGCGUGACAAAUUGAUGCAUAAGAUAGAGCCUGUGAAAAGCGCCGUGCAGGUGCUGAGGGAGAGCGCUGGGAAGGGGGAGUUGGGGAAGCAGGUGUGGACUAUGGAUGCGGCGUUGGAUGCGCAAUUUUUAAAAACAUAUAAUGUAUUGUAUGAACUAGAGACGGUUAAAAAGUCACAUUUUUCAGGAAUAAAGAGGACUGUGGAUGGUUGGAAGAAAUUUCUGGAAAAUCAGUAUGACUUGGCGUACAAAAAUGAGGUUGUUGGCAGAUUUGACGACAUAAAACAUAUGACAAAGCAACUAGAUAAUACCAAUGUAGAAGUUGGAGCUGGCGGCGGAAACUCAAAGUUUUGGAAGGAUGUUGAUGAACUAAAGCUUAAGGUUGUGGAGAUUGGUGAGCAGCUGCAGUUAAGAACCAGUGAAGUUGGGAGUUGGAAAGGUGCCGCCAAGGAAGUUAUAAGUGAAGCCAAACAUAAGUGUGAUGAGAUCAUUGCCAAACUUGAUGAUAAGGAAAAGCAUAAAAUCACAGACCCAGCCAACGAGUUGAGAGCGAAGGCAGAAGAGCUUUUGACUAAAUCAGUCGAAGCCAAAACGCAGGUCACCUCAGCUGUAGAGAAAGCUUUAAAGACAUUGCAGAGUCUAGAUGAAAAGGUGACGCAAGGGUUGGAGAAUUUUAAAGCCCGCAUAACUCCUACAAUUAGUGGUUGUCUAACAGGUUUGACAGGGGUCAAGUUCUCUGGUGGCGAGGCCACAAACUUUGGUAGUCUGAAAAAGACAGGUCCAGUCGGCCAGUGGCUUAAGGAGAUCAUAAAGGAAAGGGGUCUGCAUACAUAUGUCCAAAAUGUUAUUCAUGGAAACGACGCAUCUGAUAUUAUGGAAAUAAUUUUCAAUAUUCUCAAAGUACCGAAACCAAACGGUAAAACCCGCCUAAACUUUUUUAAAGCGCUAGAAACUGAAUUUGACGGAGAAAUCGGACAAAUCAUUAGCGAUAACACUAACGAUCCCAUGCAAUCUCUACGUGCUGAAUUAAAUGGCGAUGGCCUUCGUAAGGCGGUGAAUGAUAUUACGUUAAACCUUAAAUCGAUUGCGGACAAGGGAGAUCAACCCAUUUUAACAAGUGGAAUUGACAGUUAUUUCGACAGUGUCCAACGAUGUCUUAGUGAACUCAGUGGUACUGUGAAUGACUUAAUUGAGAAUAAUGGAAAGAUCAGCCCGAACAAAAAGGGGCUUCGACCGCUGUUACAGGAGCUCGAAGGCGGGCUUGAUACAAACACCUUCCGCACUGCUAGCAAGCAUCUCCAAGAAAUUGAGCAUGCACUCGGCGAACUAAAAACUAACAAUGUCACGGAAGCCACCGCCCGCCUUCAGGCCGUUCUUGCUAAAAUAAAACAGCUUGAGAAUGUGCCGCGUGAAAUUGCCCAGAAGAAGGGCGAGGCUACAAACCUCAUGGAGCAGUUGAAGGAAAGCAUGCAAGACCAUUUUAAAACCAUUAAUGACGCCGUGCAAUACGCUGACACAUACAUAAGCACGGCCAUAAAUGCUGUCAAAACUGUCGUAAAAGCAGCCGAAAAAGAACUCACCACCCAAAUCCGCUCCCUCUUCGCCGAGCAGCACAUCGCGGACCUGCAGGCGCUGCAUACGCUGGUCGAGCAAAAACUGGCGGAGGUGAGAGAGAUUAUUAAAGUGGACAAACAAAUUGGUGUUAAAGGUUUGCUAGGGAAAAUUAACGGUAAUAAAGCGACGCUUGAAGAAAUUAAAAAUAAUGUUGAUCCGUCAAAAAUCAAAACACCGGAAGCCAUUAAAAAAUUCCCAGUUGUCGCCUCCGAUCUCAAGGAUUUCCAAGACUCUCUCCUACAAUAUAUUCAGAAUCAAGUAGGCAUUCCAAGUUCAGAUAUAUCCAGGCCGCCAGCACCAACCAAGGAGUCUCAAUUGGUACGGAGUGUUAACGUUAGACUGGACACUCUACUCGACUACCUUAAAAACCAUAAUGAUAUUACAAAUCCUAAAACAUCUAUUACCAAAAAACGUAUUUACAUUUUUGACCACAAAUUCUCCACAUUACUCUCCUCCCUUUCCUCCUCCAUCCACUCCCUCUCCCCCUCCACGUUCCACGGCUUCCACAACCCCCUGCUCCUCGACGCCCUCAAGUCCGGGAUGGCCAACUUCACCAAGGAACUCUCCCACGCGUACGUGAAUAAGUACAGUGGUUGCAAGCCUAAAGAUGAUUGGGUGACUAAAGACAAGACAGCCGACCAAAAAGAUGUCCUCUCCACUGAGGGCCGCAACUGCGCCAAGGUCUGCCUGACCAUAUUGGAGAGGGUGAGUUAUGAUUUAGCUCAGUUGAGAAGUAGGUGUAACGAUAAUAAGCAGUAUAAAAAUAAGCAACUCUAUCUAUAUCAGCAGGAGCAGAAACAAACAAAAACCGAGAAUCCACUUGGCCAGUGGCUGAAGAAACGUGGUUACCGGGUGCCGGAAGAUGACAAGAAGCAGAACGGGGAGUUGAAGUAUGAUGCGAACUUUAAAGGAGAGAAUAUUUAUGGUCUCCUCGUCAAUAAUGAUGAUAAUCAUGUAUACAAGGCAGAUAUUGCUGAUAAUGAUCACGGUCCACUAAGGACACUCCGUCGCCACCUUGAGAGAUACUACAAAGUUUCUCACCACUACAUCUCUGCGAAGCCAAAGGCGCCGACAAGUGUCAACCAGAUGCUCCAGUGGCUUACGGGACUGCAGUAUAAUCAUAUAUAUGAUCCACUGUGCAAGUACAUGAAGCAAUUGUUCCCUAAACCUAAGGGAGAUGAGAGAGACAAUGCCGUCAUAUCCAGCGACCAACUGAAACUAGAAUACCAUCAGUACGCAACAAUCACACAUAAGCAGCUAACAGACACCCUUGAGACUCUGUGUCGUCAGUCCGAGAAAAUGCUAAUUACCUUCCUUGGUCACGGCCAUGCCGACGGCAUCUACGCCGUUGAGUUCUCGAACAAUUCACUAAAUUUGUUGUAUCCCGGUAGCCCUGCUACCUGCUUAGAUAUGCUUAUAGAUUUAUUGAAUAGAGUGUUUUAUCAACUGAAUUUCAUUUACAAGAUGUGUCAUAACGGCCGUAGUAGGGGCGGUUGGGAGGAAUGCCACUACGGCAGACACGUAGGUGGGUCAAAUUGGAACUGCAAUGAGAAGCAGUGUCCCAACCAAAACGCUGACCAAAAAGGCGACCAAACGUGUACCCAAAAGCACGCCCAAAACUGUGACCAACGUGUAAGUUGUGGCCUCAAGUCGCCGUUACAGUCGUUCCUGGAAGACGGGCUUCCCGGUUUCCUUCCUCACCAAUUCAAGAAGCCUGGUUGCAAGCUGGAAUGCACUGUGCCCAAUCACCAAGGCAUUCCAUGUCUCACCCCAAUGGGCUUUACAGAUAUAUCCCAAGUGGCGUCCCAUACGAAAACCGGCAAACACCUUUUUGGCGCACUUUAUUAUUUUUGCGGCACCACGAAUGCUCUCACUAAGCUGUGUGGUAUCCUCAACUGUUUACUGCGAACACCGCCCAAAUCAUUAGGUGACAUGCUAGCUUUCUACCAUAAAUUCCUUGAGAAUUAUUCGGGACAAAAUCAUAAGCAAAUCGCAUUUGACGAGGCAGCCCGAAAGGCCAACUUCGGGAAUCCAGAUACUAAAUUGGACAUUGUGUCUAUACAAGGCAGCAAGUCGCACACUGCUAAACAUUCCCAAGGUGACUUAUUUGGUAUAAUUAGCUGCAACACUUCCGGGUCCUCCAAAAAUCCAGUGGUCCCCUGUGGAUCGUAUAUGCAGCCCCUUACAUUAGAUGUAGUCUCCAUGUUUUCCGAAACGCGCGCUGCCAACUAUCUUUCGUGGAUUGUAUAUAUAACAGAGACAUUCUGUGUUCUGCUCAUGAAAUUGCUUGAUGAGUGCUGCAAUAACUGCAACAAACCAGGCACCAAAUGCCAUGAUAAAGCCUGUGCGGAGAAAUGUGAAGUGAAAUUGGCGUAUGAAGCUGAACAAUCGAAAAAUGCUCCAACCUCGCCCGCAGAACUUACAGGUAAAAGGCACAGUACAGACUGCCAUUCCAUUGUCAAAUGUCAACUUACACAUCCAACACUGUACAAAUACGGUUUCACAUUUGAAAGCCCAUAUGACCUCAGUGGUGAAUAUGGGCAACAAACGAGGCGCACAUGUAUAGAUCUGUGCCAUGCGCUAGAAAAAUUAGUUGGUCAAAAUUGCGUUCUUGUUGAGCUAAUCCACAAAAUUGAUGACUUUGUCUGCACAAUCAGACAUCCCUUUAUGUGUACUUUAUUAGCCCUCUGGUCCCUCUCUUCGCUCUACCUGCUGCACAUCGCCGUCGUCCGCCUCGACGUCCUGAGGAUACGCUCCCACCUGAAAUCGCCCUCAAGCCACCGCAUCGCCGCACAGUCCCUCCUCGCCGCCUCACGCGUCAAGGCACUCGCCAACGUCAAGGGAAAAGCCUUGGAUGAUAUUAAGGAGAGGCAGAGUAAUCUUGAAGAUCUUACAAAAAAACUUCGGGCUCUUAUUGGAGAAAAAGAUUCUCCAAAUGCUGAACAAUGUAAAAAACUCUUAGAAAAUCUCAUUGAUGGUUUAGAGAAUUUUCUUGGUUACAAUAAAGACUCCAAAGGCUACACCGGCUCCGGCAUCGUGUACUCGGACCUUGACAGGCUCUGCGACGGGGUGAUGUCUUUCCUUCAUGGUGUUUUACAUAACAUUAAGCCUAAAUUAGGCUUACAUAAAAAUAAUAUUCAAAGUGCAAUUGACUCUCUUAACGCCAAUAAACACUCCGGCAAAGAUGGUUUUAAUGCUGCGAUUGUCAAGGUGGUGGAGGGGGUGAGGCAGUAUAAUGAGGGUGUGAAGAAUUCCAAUCAGCAAGUUAAAAAUGUUGUAACUACACUUCAAGAAUACACGAAGAAACGAGAACAAGGAGGUAUGUUACUUAAUGACAUUAAUGAUAUUCAGGUUGACGAGAAUUCUUCAUAUCAUCAAGCGGAAGCUGCCAAGAAGAAAGUGGACGCCAGGCUGGAUGAAUGCGGACGAAAGGCUGCGGCCUUUUGUAAUCACCUAGCCACUAAGCACAACACAUUUAAAAAUAGAGACACAAUUAAAGAAUUUAAUGAUAAGUUGCGUGAUAGAGUGUUACAUGUCCGUGGCACAAUAGAGUAUGAGAAGGAGCGCCUUCAAAAGGUGCAUAAGCAGCGGGAGGAGGAGUUGAAGGCGACGACGGAGAAGAUUAAAAAAGUGUUGGAAGAGCGUGAGAUUCAGGUCAAUGAGCACAUUUGUAGAGAAGUAACUGCGGUUGUGGAGGACUUGAAAAAUAAGGUGGAGCGCAACGUAUUGCCAAAACUGCAGGAGGUUAACAGAGAUCUGCCUAAGCAUGUGGAGAGCCUGCAGCAGUGGAUUGAGACGGCUGAUGGGACUCUAGGACAGGCUGAAGAGAGGGUGAAAACAAUAUUGGAGCAAGUUGAUGAGGGUCUGACGAGUAACAAGAUUCCGAUUGACGAAGCAGUAAAGAAGCUGGAGGAGACAAAAACUGCUCUCGUCAAUUAUAUUAGCGGUGAGAGCAGUGGGCUCAAGGAGAUGGUAAAUCAAGUUAAAGAGACGAUUGGGAGCCUUUAUAAUAAUGUCACCGGCGGAAGUGGACCAGUGCAGGAGGAAAAUAAGAGCAUCGAGAAGAUUGUGGAUUAUAUUAAAAAGAAGGUGGAGAGUAUUAAGGGGAAGGUGGGUGAGAAGAAGGAGAAAGGACAACCCUUAAAAGAUAAUAAAAGUAUUUAUCAGAAUUGGUGUGAAGUGAAAGAUAAGGUUACGGAUUUCGUUAAGAUGAUUAAGGGGGAUGGAGAUAUUGGUUUAGUUUCAAGUCAUCAAGGCAUAAAGCAGAUAAAGGAGGGCGUGAAAACGUACGCAGAGGGGUUCGUCACCAAAGAAAAGUUUGUGAGUACACUUGAGCAGUGGGUGAAAGCUAUUUUAGAGAACGAUGAUGCAGUAAAGAAGGAGAUGAAGGCCUAUGUUACAGGAAAUAAGGUUCUUAAAGUCGAGUUUUCAAACGUUUAUAUAGAUGACCACCCCAAGAAUGAAUUUAAUAUGAAGGGCAUGAAACUAAUCUCAGAGAAAAUUAAGGAAGGAAUCACAACCGGUAGAUAUCUUAUAGCGUUCCCCGAUUUCACUUUCGACGAAAAUAGAAAUAUUGACGAGAACGUGAAUGAAGUCAAGCGUGUUUGCGAAGAUUUUGCCAAGAAUCUUGAGGAUAAGAUUUUAACUGCGGGAGUUGCUACUGUUGCCAGGGAGAUAGCCGGAAAGAUUGAGGAGCAGUUGACGACUAACACUGCUGUAGAUCCAGACAGGAAGCAUCUUACUUAUGCCGUCUCCUACGUCCUCUACCAAGUGGUUGGUAGAGCCAGACAGGUUGGCAACGAAAUCCAGCGACUAGCCGAAACGGCCAAACUGCACGCCAACCUCACGCAGAUAGAUUCCAACGCCGGCAACAUCAACAAGCAAUUCACAACCGACCAUCCCGGCGCAAAAAUCGACACGGCGCUGGAGCAGGUGCAUGGAGAAAUCAAGACGCUGCACGGGAAUCUUGAACAGGCGCUGUCCCCCGGCUCAUCCGGCGAUCCUAGUAACGCCAAAGCCGUGGACACAGCGAUCGAAAAUGCCAAACUGUCAGCAAGCCAACUAAACGUCGAUCCAAUGAAAGACGCCUUCACUAAAUGGACUCAAGAAAUUAAAUCAAACUUCUCGGUUCUCACCAGGGCAAUAUCCGAGGCCGGCGGCACGUUACUCGUGCAAUUACGAAGCUUUAAGAAUGAUAAGAUCGGAAUGAAGAGUGUCAUAAAAAGUAGUCUGCAGGAUCUUCAGCAGCAACUAAAGGCUCUGACAUUCCCAGUCGCUGAAGCCGUCAAGCGUGCCGAAUACUUCAUAACCGGCGCUGAACCGACCACAAAGGCCACAAUCACGGCGCUGCAACGAGACGUCAAAAAGGAGUUAGAAACCGCGCGGGAAGCUCUUACAACCCAUGCGACGAGACAGUACGUUAACGCCUUAAAAACGCUGCUCACCGAGUUCGCCGAAAAGGCAACGAAGGAGUUGGACAAAUUGCCUCAAGAAAUAGAAGAAGACUUGGAACAGGGCCACAAGAAGUUUAUGAAAUUAUUUGAAAAGCAUUUUAUCACAAACGAUAAAUCCAUCAGAUCUAUCGAAGACAUUCAGGACAAACACUCCGCAGGACAAAAAUCUCCAAUCGUUCAAGCAAGUGCAAACUUAAACAUGUCAUUCAGAUACUUCCUUCGUGAUUUGAAAACUCAACCGGACUUCAAACCUGACGCCGGUAAAAUUGAUCCACUGUACACCUCUCUGACCAAAUUGAUGGGAGGCCUUACGUCAUCUGAGCAUUUUAAUCAUGACUUUACAAAUAAUUUGAGCGCAUUCAAAGAUACGCUAAGUGCUUUCAAACCCACUAAAUUUGGUGACGGCAAAAAUACUUCUAUUCUGAAUGCCCUCAAGGAGGGCUUUUCCUCUCUGCUCGCCGAACUCCAGAAAGCGUACGUCUCGACAUACUCCCAGCAGCAGAUUAAGUGGGAUAACAUCGCGCAGGAGGAAAAAGAAAAGUACGCGAAAAUCUCUUUGACCGUCAUGCCAAUAUUAUACCAAGCAUUGGGUGAGCUCAAAGAAGGCCUUGAAAAUGGUUGGAAAAAUCACAAAAUAUAUGACGCCCGAAAUGCCGACAAUAGCCUACAUAAAUUGUUCUUCGGCGAAAAUGGGUAUGAUGUUGGCCGCCAGGCUGAAAGCCUGCAUGGCGAACUGAAUCACAGAAACAACUUUAAUGGUAAUAAUAUUCUUAAACAUCUUAAUAAGGACACUUAUAGGUUGUUUCAUACUGCCACACAGUCACUGCCUUCGUUGCCUCUCGAAUCCGGUCCUGAUGUCAUAUCCGUUGCAAACGUAGAAGAAGAUGGUCUCGUCCGACAACUGUUUGAUUACCUUAAUGAAUACCUUAAGGCAUGCCAUCGCACUAUUAUCGAAAAGCCCCGUAUGCCGUGUAGUAUAUACGAGCAAUUAGCUUGGCUGUCUGGUCUUCAAUUCAAUUCCGUGUUUGAUCCACUCUGCUCCUACUUCAAGCAACUGUUCCAGAAACCGAAGGACCAAAAAGAUGUGCCAUAUGACCAAAUUGAAGAUAAGUCACUUAGCUUAGUUGGCACUAAGACAAUACAUCCUAGCCACUUGGCCACUGCACUUCAUGAUGUAUGCCGCCAAUCCUAUCCCGUGCUCACUUCCAUACUGGGUAACGGUCACGCCGACGGUGUAUAUGCAGUCGAUCUCUGUAAUAACUCCUUUAAUUUAACAUACCCCUCUGCUCCUUCACAAUGCUUCGACAUGCUAGCAGCACUAUUGUUCAGAGUGUAUGACGAACUAUAUUUCCUGCUUCAACAAUGUAGCUACACCACCAAGCUCAGCGGCUGGCGCGACUGUUGGUACGGUAGGCACGUUGGUGGGUCAGAUUGGAAGUGCAACACUAUACAGUGUCCUGGCCAAGCGGGUGACCAAAAGGCUGACCAAAUGCAUGAGCAAAGGUGUAACCAAAAGUGUGAACAAAACCCUAAGUGCGAACUAAAAUCGCCACUCCAGUCGUUUUUGGAGGAUGGCCUCCCUGGCUUCCUGCCUCACUCAAUUAAAAAAGUAGGUUGUGGAGCAACGUGUUCAUUGCCCAGCCACUCGAGCAUCCGGUGUAGGACGCCAAUGGGUUUUAAGAAUAUCUCUGUUACAGCAUCGCAUACCCAGAAGGGUGAAUAUAUCUACGACGUACUCGGUGGCUUCUGCGGCUACUCAGACAAGCCGCUUAGCAAACUCUGUAGUUACAUUUCAUGCGUUAUGCAUCGUCCGCCUCAGAAUCUGGGCGAUAUGUUUGGUUUCUUCUAUAGAUUACUAGAUGGGUGGGGGAAACAGGGUAGAGACCAUAAGAGUGACGCUUUCCAAGAUGCCGUCAACGGGGCAUAUUUUGGAGAAGUGUAUUCGGACCUUGACGUCUAUUCAAUAUUCGUUAACGACAUGUCAAAUUCACAUAACAAAGGCAGCUUGGCGUGUCUCGUUAGUUGCGAUAAUGCAUACACUCCCGCUCACCGCUGCGGUUCGUAUCUCAAACCGCUUUGCCUCGACACCUGUGGUAUAUUCUCUUCAUCGCAUAAGAACUUCUAUUUGUCUUGGAUCGUCUACCUUACUGAGACGUUUUAUAGAUUCCUCAGAGAUUUGUAUGAGGAAUGUUGCAACAACUGUGGCAAAAAGGGCACAAUUUGCCAUGACAAACGCUGCGUCAAAGAAUGUAAAAGAAAGUCCGCAUCUUCGUCAUCCACAUCAGAACAUGAACCCGAGUGCAAGUCCAUCGUGGAGUGCUCCUCCAUGCUGCCAACGUUGAACAAAUAUGGGUUCCAUUUCGGAAGCACAAAAUGGGUUGGCGGCAAAGACAGUCACAGAGUAAAGAGGAUGUGCAAUGAUUUCUGCAGCGUCUUAGAAAAUGUAAUUUCAGAGACAUCCGCUCUCGCCAAGUUAGUUCACGAGACCAUCCCCAAUUUCUUAUGGGCAAUACGUACACCCUUCACAUACCUCUUAUUAGCCCUCUGGUCGCUGUCGCUCCUGUACCUGCUGCACAUCACCGUCGUCCGCCUCGACGUCCUCCGCAUACGCUCCCACCUGAGAUCACCGUCAAGCCACCGCAUCGCCGCACAGUCGCUGCUCGCCGCCGCACGCGUCAAGGCACUCGCCAACGUCAAGUACUUCUCACCAUAA